AUGAAGUUCUCUCAAGUAGCCAUUAUUCUUUUUGCCGCUUACUCUUUGGCUGCACCAGCUGCUGAAGCUAAUCCUGAAGCUGUUGCUUAUGCUGAAGCCAAUGCUGAAGCUGAAGCUGAAGCCUUCGCUGAUCCUGGAAAAAAAAAGAAACUUCGCAAGCUUAUGGCCGGUAGCUGCAACACCUGCUCCAAGGUGAUUCCUGUUACUACAGGAACCACUUCAACUACUACUGGAAAUACUACUGGUGGAUCUGGUGGUGCCGGUGGAUCUGGCGGUACCGGAGGCACUGGUGGAAACACUGGUGGAAACACUGGUGGAAACACUGGUGGAAACACUGGUGGAAACACUGGUGGAAACACGGGUGGAAACACGGGUGGAAAUACUGGCGAAUCUACUACAACCAAUACUUCUAAUACCAACAAUGUUUCCAAUAACACCAGCAACAAUAUUAACAAUGCUACUAACCGCAACACUAAUACCAAUGGUAAUACUAACAACAAUAACAAUGCCAACACCAACAAUAAUGACAACACCAAUCAAAAUGCUAAUACCAAUAUCAAUCAAAAUGCUAAUUAUCAGGCAAACUUUAAUAUUUCGUUUAAUGUCGUUACUGUUUAUAUUCUUCCUGGAGGAACUCUUUCUCUAACCCAAGUUUCUGGUGCUGUUCCCUUUAGCUAUAUUAUUAAUAAUGGCUCUUUACUUGCCGCUUCUCCCGGAUUCAGUUCUGGUGUUGUUGUUAUUAACAGUGACGGAUCUCUUCAAGUUGUUCAGGGUGGUUCUUCUUCUGGAACGUGGUCUUCUGAAGGUGGGUAUAUUACCCCAGGUGGACGCACCAUUUACGCUUGUCCUGAUGCUACCGGUGCUUACACUCUUUAUUGUGAUACUGCUUGCCCUGGUGGAAAGAUUGUUGCUUUUACUUCAGACGGCACUUGCGGCGUUAAAAAAUAA